UAGCCCAUACCGUCUUAUGUGUGCUGUACUCACAGAGCUAAAAGGGCAGCUUCCAAACUGGGUACAGAAGUUUCAAUCAUUUUUAGUUAAUAUCAGAUUUCAUGAACAUGGCAGCAUCCACUUUGCUGAAAGUCUUACUCGGACUUUUCCUGCUGUGUUUCUCCAAAUCACAGGACAAUAGUUCAUCACAAACAGACACAUCUGAUGAAGCAGGUGUCCUGACAACACUGUACACGUCAAUUGCUCAAAACUACUCAGAAUCUUCCCUUGGGGGCGAGCGUAAUGCCAGCUUAACCACUUCAGAAACUACAACAAAGUUGUUUAGCAAAACACAACAAGCUGUCACCCAGACUCCUCUUCACACCUACUUGCUAUCACAGUCAAAGGUCCCAAAGACUCCAGGAUCAACCGAAGGAACCAACAGAGUGAAUGUUGAAGUCUAUAAGGCAUCUAACAACCGAAAUGAAAUUCUUGUUUCUGACGAUGAACACUUGACCUCUGAAAAAGAAUCUGCUGCUCCAACACUUGGCAAUACUUUGGAAGAUACAGCCGGGGAAAUCCCAACACUGGAUUCUUUCACCGUACACGCUACACCAAUUGGUGAUGGCUUGACUCCUGGUAUCAAGGGAUGGAAAGUUGCAGUGAUCUCUGCUGCUACUUUUCUGGCUCUGGAGGCUCUGGCUCUUGCUGUCUAUUGCACCAAAUGCAGAAAGAGAAGCAGAAAAGCAACUCCAGCAAAAAUCUGUGAGGACAGCGAGGCUGCGGAGACGAUUAAUGCAGAGUCCAAUGAAAACACAGUAACAGGGAAUGAAACAACUCACCCACAAGUGAAUCAUCCUCAGGAGUUUCCUGAAUCUCAAACAAGUGUCGAGGUGGAAAAGGCUAUAGCACAAGAGCCAGCUGACCUGGACACGAGCUAUGAAGGAAAACUUUUCAUGCCCCAAAUUUCAAAUUUUUAGUAGUU